CAUCCGGGACUUUCAGCGCGAAGCUGGAAAAAACACCUCAGACUCUCAGGAACGACCACUAUUUCUCGGCAUUCCCCGCCAUUUGCGGCCUUUUGUAAAGGAAAUUAAACUGAUACUAACGGUGGUAUGCUGCUUUUAGGCCGCUUGUGACUUAACACGAGCAGCUUUCUUUUGAAGUUUUGAGGUGACGGACGGUGUCAGUUUGUGGCUGUCACGCAGGCACGCGCGCGCACGUGUCGCGCGCUCGAUCUCGCUGGUUUGCGGGAACGCGCCCGGGUCCCAGUCAGUCAGUCAGAACCGACCCGAGUCUCGAGUGGAAUAGUGACGGACAGAAACGACCACCCUUGGGAAACAAGACCAUAAACAUCUCAUUCAGUGUUUUCUACGUGCACCGUGAAGUUGCUGUUGACAUGGGGACGCCAGGAUCAGGACGAAAACGGGCCCCAAUUAAAGACCGUUUCUCAGCCGAGGAUGAGGCUCUGAGCAGCAUCGCCAGAGAGGCGGAGGCAAGACUUGCUGCGAAGAGAGCAGCUCGUGCUGAAGCCCGGGACAUCCGGAUGAGGGAAUUGGAGCGGCAACAGAAAGAGCUGUCUUACCAUCAGCACUCCUCCUCUAGCAGGAAAUGGGGGCAAAUCCACCAAUGGAUGUCUGAUACAGAAAAAGCCCGUCAUGGUCAUCAUUCCAGUAGCCACAGUCAACGGGGAUUAAAUGAUGACACGGCAUCAGUCCGGAGUGUCGGAAGUUACAGGUCAAGUUCGUCAUCUUUACGAGACCUGAGCAGUUCUCAUCGCUCCAGUCGGGUUAGUUCUUCCAGGAGAAGAGACUUGGUGUCCAGCGUCUCCAGUAGUUCCUCUUUGAAGAGCUCCCACUCCACUAGCUCUGUAUAUAAUGAUCUUCACAAUAAACCUGUUGGAAGUAGCUCCAAAAAGGACCUUCUGACUGGAUUGUAUCAUGACCAAAGAAACUACACCAGCUUAAAGAACUCCAAACCUUCUCCCUCUACUGUCUCUACCUAUACACCACGGGCUCCCUCUAGCAGCAGUUCUACAGGUCUGAUGCGCAGCUAUAGUGUGGCCUCCAUUUGUGACGACGGUCUUUAUGGUUCAUAUAGUUCCCGAGCUCCCUCUGAAUGCAGCUGGUAUUCUUCUGGUGCCAGUUCCACCCGAAGCAGCCCUGUGUCAUCCUCUGAUGACGAUUCUGGCAGCACUGUGUCCCAAAGUCGACGUGGGAGAAGGGAUAGUGUGUUGUCUGAUUUCUCUGAUAUCUCUGAGACGGCUGCUGAUUAUUUCAGCCGCUCUAAUCGCAGGGGCAGCAUUGUCUCUGAUCUUGAUGAUCUGAGCAUCCCAGACCUGGACAGUCUCGAUGAGAAAUGUGACAAGCAGUUUACAGACACCUACAGCCGGCCGUCCUCUCGAUGUACCACCCCGGCGCUCUCCGCAGCUGCCCUGGCAUCUCUGGGAGGCAGCAGUUCUAGAAGGGGCAGCGGAGAUGCUGGAAGCAUCAUUAUGGAUGCAGAAGCUUCUAUCGGCGAGUUAAAGGACAUCUAUGAUCUAAAGGACCAGAUUCAGGAUGUAGAGGGCCGAUACAUGCAGGGUCUUAAAGAGUUGAAGGAUUCUCUGUCGGAAGUGGAGGAGAAGUACAAGAAAGCCAUGGUAUCCAACGCCCAGCUAGACAACGAAAAGGCAAACCUCAUCUACCAAGUGGACACACUCAAAGACGUCAUCGAGGAGAUGGAAGAGCAAAUGUCAGAGCUGCACAGGGAAACGGAGGAGAAAUCAAAGGAGUUAGAGCGGCAGAAGCACACAUGUUCAGUCCAACAGCACAAACUAGAGGACAUGAAGGAGGGAAUUCGUCAGCGAGAUGAACUUAUCGAGGAGAACCAGAAAAUUCAGCAAAAGCUAGAUAACCUCACGAGAGAGGCAUUUGACCUGCAGGAAACUGUUAACUGGAAGGACAAAAAGAUUGCGGCGUUAGAGAGACAGAAAGAAUACUUUGAUUGCAUUAGGAAUGAGAGAGAUGAGCUCAGGGAUGAGCUGGCUGACCUCAAGGGGAAAAGCCGAAUGGGAGAGAAACACGGGCUGGUCAUCAUACCCGAGGAUAUGCCCAACGGAGACGUCAGCCACGAGUCCCCUACCUCAGGCAUCACUGUGGUCACACAAGAGGCAGCGCAGGUGCUGGAGUCAGCGGGAGACGGACCUUUGGAUGUAAGACUACGAAAGCUUGUGGAUGAAAAGGAUGAACUUUUGUCCCAGAUCAGAAAACUAAAGAUGCAGCUGGAGGAAGAAAGACAAAAACACUUAAAGAUCGACAGUGUUUACACAGAAGGAGAGCGAAUGGAGAACGGCACUGACCUGCAUUUCAUCGAGAUGCAGAGGGACGCCAAUAGACAGAUAAGUGAAUACAAAUUCAAGCUUUCAAAGACUGAACAGGAAAUGGCAACGAUGGAACAAAAUGUAAAUAGACUUGAAGGACAGGUGUCCAGAUAUAAAUCUUCAGCAGAUAAUGCAGAAAAGAUAGAAGAUGAACUGAAAGCAGAGAAAAGAAAACUUCAGAGGGAGCUGCGCACAGCCUUGGACAAGAUCGAAGAAAUGGAAAUGACCAACAACCAUCUCGUAAAGCGUCUGGAGAAGAUGAAAGCAAACAGAAACGCUCUUCUGUCCCAGCAGUGAAGAGAGACUCUCCAACACCUUACAGUAGGACACCAAAAACAAAACUGCAGGCCCUUUACCUUCUUUCCUUGCCUCUCGUGGUAAAAUACAGAUUUACACCCCACUAAGGCAACACUGUGAGGGAGGAAGCCUCUAAACCUUUUCUGAACCUGAGAAUAUUGUACUUCUGUUGGUUUUGUUGUUUUUAAAAGCUUGGUACAUCACGGUAGCCGUUGAGGUUUCACUGCUCGGACCGGGUGCUUUUUCCCCCUCCUCUUUUGUAAGUUGCACGAGUAUAAAAGCGCUUUUUAAACUGUAAAUCGACAUGACUGCAGGGCCCUCGACGUCCAUGUAAAUGCUUACACAGCAAUGUGCCUUCACAGGGAGGACGAGGGUUAUAUAUAUUAUAACACUAUACAGGAAAAGCAUAUAUUUCUACCGGUACAAAAAACAUUAAUGUGUUUAAUAAAGGGUACAGCCACGAGUUGAACAUUAUAGAGAAUUAAUCAUGUCUGCUAUGGUUUCAAUUAAGUAUUUUUGUUUUGUUUUUCAAAUAUUUAAAAUAUUUCUUGAAAAUAAAUGUGUAAAUGAAUGCAGUAUGAAUGGGUGGGUGAUUCAUGAAUUGUGAUUGUUUGCAGGGCACAUUGAAUUUUGUUAGGGUUUUUUUUUUUUUUUGGAAGUGCUUUGUCAUAAUGGACUACAUCAAUUUUACACUAAAUGUAAUGAUUUUAACUCCCAGUAAGAGACCGAUGUUUCUACUGUGACAUUGUGAGAUUUCAGAUUCAAGUCCCAAAUGCCACUUGAUGCCUUUCACGAUACUGUUGUAUUCAGGUUUGGUGCAACUUUUUAAUCACACUAGAAACCAAUUGUUUGACACUUCAUGCGCACAGUGAUUGUGACUAAAGCAGCUGCAAAGUAUACUGUAAAUAAACUGCACAAUUUACAAACUAACCUCUCUCAGUAAUUAUUUUUGGACUUUAAGGUGAAGUGUAAUUUCUACACCACAGAAUUGCAAUCUGUUUGAUAUAGCCCAACAUAACAGCACUGGCUCAACCGAUGGCCACAUGCAUGUAAAAGCAGCCUUUAGUGCACACUAUAAUUAAUGGAAAUAAAAGAACAUUAUGCAAUGUUAAACAUUUCAAACAUUAAUAUGUUGCAUUUACACAUUGCAUGUUUAUGUUAAAGGAAUAGUUCACCUAAAAAUUAAAAUUUGCUGAAAAUGUACUCAUCCU